AUGGAAAAAAAACUCGAAAUUUCCGUUUUGAAAGAUCAGAAACGACUCGAAACAUAUGCAAAAGCGGAACAGUUGUCCUCUGAUGAAUUGGUAAUUUCGCGUGAGAUUGCCCGUUUAACUCUCGAUCAACGAAGAAUUAUCAAAGAAUCAAUGCAAUAUUUGAAACAAGAUGAAUUAAGAAAUGGUUGGGCAAUUUUUGUCAGAUUUCUUUCCCAACAUCCAGAACUGAAGAAAAUUUGGCCACAGUUUCGGCCCGUCGCGGAUAGUUCUUUAAUUUCUUCUGAUGUUGUUAAGGCACACGCUUUGACUUAUAUGAAAGGUCUAAAUCAUAUUAUUGAUAAUAUGGACGAUGAAAUUCGUCUAUCAAUUGCAAUCAGAAAAAUCUCCCAGUCUCAUGCUAAAUGGCAAAUAAGCAAGAAAAAUGUGAUGGAUAUGGUACCUGAGCUUAUUGUAGUCCUUAAAUCGGGAACACAAAUUAUCGAUGAGGCAACAGAGGAUGCGUGGUGUACGCUCUAUGCUAUUAUUGGAAAUCUGAUUGAAUAUUUUAAGCGAAAAUAUUAA